AUGGGCUUCGGAGGGGAAGCGGCGGAAUGGCGCAAGUGCGGGUACACGCACUUAGAGUGCGCGCGCGAGCACCGCCAGCGCCGGGUGUGGCUAGCGGCGGCGACAUGCGUAGCAGCAUGCGAGGCAGCGGUGGAGGCGCCGGGAGAACAUCCCAAUGCCAAGGGUGCGGGGGAGCGGACCACAGCUACGACACGUGUCGUUUCCGGAGCUACGUGUGCCGCCAUUGCAAGCGUACGGUACACCUUCGCCGCAGCACGCUUCGUGCCCGCAGCACACUUGGCGCACAAUAGCGGCGGUUAUCCACUGCGGUACUUGGGCGAGGGCUCCCACGAAGGUUAA